CAACUUUCUUGAAACUCAAUUUGUUUUCUAUCUAUUUCUCUUGCGGUGCGAAUUUUCCGGAAUGAACCUACGGAAUGUUUAGUACAUCAGACUAUCGAUAUUUAAAUUUGUCAUUUUAUAUAUAGUAGUAGUAUUUGUUAAUACUAUUAUAUAUACAACUAGCUUCUUCUUUUUGUGUGUUACAUGUGUAUAUUCAAGGUGGCGAAUUAUAGAAAGAAAGGGAAUUAUAAGGCAAUUAUAAGAGAUGAUGAAGAAGAAGAAGGUGGGAUUAAUAAUAAUAAUAAUAAUAAUAAUAAUAUUAAUGUGAUGUUUUCUGGGAAUAUUAAUAGAGAAGAAGAGAUGUCUGUGAUGGUUUCUGCAUUGACACGUGUCAUUACUGGUGAAGAUAGAAUAUUAAAUCAAGAAAAUAAUAAUAAUAUUAUUGGUUCUUCAUCUUUGAAUGAAUUUUCUGGAGGUGUUGGAGAAAAAAGAGGACGUGAAGAGCAGCAAUAUUUCUUGUCAGAUAUUAUUAGUUCAUCAACAGGUGGUGAAGAUUCAAGCAUUAAUAGAAGUAUUGCAAGCAACACACCAACAACAGAAGCAACAUUCAUAUACACUACUCCAACAUAUGAUCAUAAUAAUAACAACACCAAUGUUAUUGAUUAUAAUCAACCAAGAAGAAGAUAUAGAGGAGUGAGACAAAGGCCAUGGGGAAAAUGGGCAGCUGAAAUUAGAGAUCCAUACAAAGCUGCUAGGGUUUGGCUUGGAACAUUCGAUACUGCUGAAGAUGCUGCUAGAGCUUAUGAUGAAACCGCUCUUAAAUUUAGAGGUAGCAAAGCCAAACUCAACUUCCCUGAAAAUGUUAGGCUCUUGCCUACUUCUUCAAUCCCCCAUCAGGGAUUUUCGAUGGAAAAACAGUCUCCGGCAAGCACAUUUCCUACGAAUUCCGUGGAAAAUAAUAUGGUAUUUUCAACGGAAAAACAGUUUAUGACGGGCACAUUUCCCACGAAUUCUGUUUCUAGUAUUAUUUCUCCUAAUACUCUUUCAACUCUCUCUUUUUCCCCUAAUAGUAAUCCAAUAGUUCACACUCAGUUAUCUAAUAGCAAUAGUAACAUAAACACUCAAUAUUUCUUGAAUGGUGAUUUUCAAAGGGGGCCUUCAUCUCUAAGUUUGUUAAACCAAUCCAUGUUUUCUACUACAUUCCAGUAUUCUUCAUCUUCUCCAUCGUCAUCUUCUACUUCUCGAGUUCCUGUUGUUCCAAGUAUGUAUUUUUCAGGUUCUCAGCCUACUAGCCAGAGUAGUGAAAGUGAUUUUCGGGCUACUUCGUCAGAUUCAGCUCAUCACCCUUCUUCUUCUUCAAGAUGAUCUAGUAGAAGUGACUAGUUAGGGUUUUAUGUUUAUCACUUAAAUGUGAUUUAUGAAUGGAUUGUGGCAUAAUGACCAAUGUAGGCGGACAAAGUCCUGUUUUUCCAUUUUGUUGUGGGAGCUUAUAAAAUGAGAGUUAUUUUUGGAAA